AUGUGUCAAGUGUUCACCUGGAGACGUGGCUCAGGACAACUGAUCCUCCUGCUCCUCCUCAAACUGUCGCAGCUGGAGGGCGUCGGUGGGAAGGUGCUGGAGGAGACGUACCUGAAGUGGAUGCAGUAUAAAGACAACUGCAUGAAGACCAUCUCCCAGGAGCCCCCAGGAGAAGGGUUGUUGUGUAACCGAACGUUUGACCGCUACGCCUGCUGGCCUGACACCCCUGCCGGCUCCACCUCCAACGUGUCCUGCCCCUAUUACCUGCCCUGGUUCCACAAAGUGUCCCAGGGCGUGGUCCGGCGGGCGUGCCGGUCUGACGGCCGCUGGCUGCAGGAGGGGGGGCACGUCUGGAGAGACAUUUCCCAAUGUGAAGAGGAACAAGAGGUUACGUCACAGGAGCUGUGGUACAAGGAGCUGAUGGUGAGCUUCAGGAUGCUCUACACGGUGGGCUACUCCCUCUCCCUCUCCACCCUCACCAUGGCCCUCCUCAUCCUGCUCAGCUUCAGGAAGUUGUACUGCACUAGGAACUACAUCCACGCCAACCUCUUCCUGUCCUUCAUCCUGCGGGCGGUGUCCGUCAUCGUCAAGGAUACGCUGCUGGAGCGCCACUGGGGCCGCCAGAUCAUGCAGCAGGCGGACCUGCAUCACAUGCUCAGCCACCAGGCUGCUAUUGGCUGCCGGAUUGCCCAGGUGGUGAUGCAGUACUGUGUCCUGGCCAAUCACUUCUGGUUCUUUGGCGAAGCGGUGUACCUGCACUCAGUGCUCAUUGGCUCGGUGUUCAUCAACCACAACAAACACCUGCCGUACAUCUGCCUGGGCUGGGGCACGCCUCUUCUGUUCGUCCUUCCCUGGGUUCUGGUGAAGCUUCUGAAGGAAAAUAAAGAGUGUUGGGCACUGAACCAGAACAUGAACUACUGGUGGAUCAUCAGGCUGCCCAUCCUGCUGGCUUCAGUGAUCAAUUUGUUGAUUUUCAUGAAGAUCCUGAAAGUGAUUCUGUCUAAACUAAGAGCCAGCAACCAGAACGGAUACCCAGACUACAAACUUAGACUGGCGAAGGCCACGUUGACCCUAAUCCCUCUGUUCGGGGUCCAUGAGGUUAUCUUUAUCUUCGCCACGGACGAACAGACAACGGGGCUCCUGCGCCACGUCAAAGUCUUCUUCACCCUCUUCCUCAACUCUUUCCAGGGUUUCCUGGUCUCUGUGCUCUACUGUUACACCAAUAAAGAGGUGAGGUCGGAGCUGCGGAGGAAGCUGUGCAGCUGGAGGGGCGAGGUGGCGACGGUGUGUUGUGGGCAGUGA